CUCUUAACUCUCUCUCUCUCUCUCUUAUGGACUGUCCCUUUGCACACCUACACACGUGUAUUCCUCACAUUUUAAUUAUAUUACCUAGAUACUAGAUAUAUAUACCUCUCUUCUUCGCCUCCAAGGGGAAACAAACACCAUGUUGCACGAUGUUUUUGAUCCACCAAAGCCCGAAUCGCAGCACCAACUUCCCAUUGUAAUCACCUCCUUAACAUGCAUGCACUCCUCACGUACCAUGGACGACAUUUCAAGCCCUCUUAGUGCUCGAAUUUUCGAACUUUGUAACAGUGAUUUUUUCCCAGAGGCUUUGCAGAAUUCUGAGGUUACUUCCAGCUCAAACUGUUGCUAUGAGGAGAACUCCUCAUAUGCCACAACAAACAUAUCUUUAACUGUAGAUGUAGAAAAUAAGUUGAAUAGCAAUAGCAAUACAGUGACCACCCCAACUAGCACUACCACCAACAACAACACAACCAACAGCAGUAAUCUUUCUAUUAUCUUUGAUUCCCAAGAAGAAAUUGACAAUGACAUCUCUGCCUCCAUAGACUUCUCACUAUCUCCAUCUUUCAAUGUUCCACCAUUUCUCCCAGUCACAUCCCAGCAAGAACAGUUUGAUUUCUCUUCUGUGCAGCCACAGGUCCAACUAGCAUCAUGUUCAGUUGUGGAGGGCUUCUCUCAGUAUCCCACUGACUCUGUUGCACCUCCUUUUAUGGGGGCUCCAUUGCCAUCUGUUUUCGAAGAAGACUGCAUAUCUUCUGUCCCUUCUUAUGUGCCUCUUAACCCUUCAUCUCCUUGCACUUAUCUCAGUCCUGGCAUGCCACCAUACAUGCCUUCUGGACCCCUUACUACUGCCUUAUCAACUGAUAGUUCCGGGUUAUUUGGUGGGGGCAUUCUUCUUGGUUCUGAACUUCAAUCACAGGAAUUGGAAUACCAAGGAGAAAAUGGAAGAAUGUAUUGUGCAGAUUCAAUUCAGCGGGUGUUCAACCCUCCAGACCUUCAGGCACUUGGUAAUGAGAGUCAGCAACUAGUACCCGGGGCUGGUAGUUCUGCCACUUUGACACCAGAAAUCUCAAACUUAGAGGACUCCUCCUUCAAGGUUGGAAAACUUUCUGUUGAGCAAAGGAAAGAAAAGAUCAAUAGAUACAUGAAGAAAAGAAAUGAAAGAAACUUCAGCAAGAAAAUCAAGUAUGCCUGCCGCAAAACUCUUGCAGAUAGCCGACCUCGGGUUAGAGGCAGGUUUGCAAAGAAUGAUGACUUUGGAGAAACCAAUAGAACUACUAGUAGCAAUCAUGAAGAAGAUGAUGAGGAAGAAGUAGUUGUGAAAGAUGAAGAUGAUAUGGUUGAUUCCUCAGAUAUCUUUGCUCAUAUCAGUGGGGUGAACUCCUUCAAAUGCAACUAUUCCAUCCAGUCAUGGAUUUGAGUUAAUAGUUUGAUCAGUAUACCUACUUUUAGCUUCUGUAGAUUUUUCCAUGGCCAUAAUCCACCCCAGAUUUCUCCUCUCUGAUUUUGAUGGAUGAGGAAACUGAAUAAUUGGGGUCCUAAUACUAUACAAUAAAUGAAGAACAUAAUAGAAACUGUAUACAUUUUUUUGCAGACACUACCUUUUAUUAUUACUUGAAUGUACUAAGAAUCACAUGUUGUAUUAACUCAUAAAAGAUAUCCUUUGUCUCCAUGUACCAGUGGAGCUCGUUUAUGUACUUUCUUUUAUAAUAUAGUGAGGAACUAGUUUUGGUUACA